UGAAACAGUUGCAAGCCUUUGAACGAUCAGCGACGACGGCGUUACUUUUGGCGCGGAUCAAGCAGCGACACUUUUUUUUCGUUGGGCAGGCGCCUCCUGUCACCAAACAAACAACAAAAACAAACAAAACAACCAAUCAAACAACUAAACAGCUAAACAAACAAAUAAACAAACAAACAAACAAGCAGCAAACAGACAAUCUAAAACAAACAACUGUGCAUUUUUGGUUCGAGUUUCCUUUGAUUUUCAUCGCUUACAUUUCUUUUUUUGCCUGUGUUCCUUAAACAAAAUAAUAAUAUUUAAUAUAUAUAUAUAGAGAAAAUAUUGUAAAAAUAAAAAUAUAUAUAUAUAUACAAUAUAAGCACAAAAGCCAGCAAACAUUGAAAUUGCGACAUCAGCGAACAGCAAACCAGAGCAAACAAGAGCAAACAACAGCAAACAACAGCAAACAAAUCAGCCGACGGCCGAGUGGUUAAAGUGCAACGCCGACGGACUCGAAAAAGAUAUCAGAUACAGAUACAGAUACAGUUAGAGUUAGAGAUACAGAUUGAGAUACAGUUACAGAUACGGCUAUCUGGGCGCUGGGCUUAAUAAUCCUUUGGCGAUUUGGCCCACUUUCGCUUUUUUUCUGAGUGCGUGUGUGCUUGUGCUGUAUAUUGUAUUGUGCUGUGUGCUUGCCAAAAACCCAUAGCCAUAUAUUGCCCAUAUGUCCUUAAUGUCUUUCUCCCUUUACCCAAAAAAAAAAUAAACCAGUGAGCCUGUUCUGCAACAAUAGCCAUAAAGAAUACACAAGAUAAACAAAACAAAACGAAACGAGAACAAAACUAAACCUAAAAUCCCCGAAACAAUUGUGAACCCAAGUGGGCAGAAAACAAAAAACAAAAGGCAGUCGCCACGAAAAAAAGACACCAUCAUUGUGCGCCUCAAAUUGACAGCAGCAGCAACUGCGGCAGCAACGACAACUGCAACUGCAACUGCAGCAGCAGCAACUGCAGCAGCAACAUCCGCAGCAGCAGCAGCAGCAGCAACAGCAACAUCAACGACUAAAAUGCUAACGGACAUGACCCCGACCGCCGGUCAGCUCUACGGAUCCCAGAUUCCGGCCAUGGGCAUGAACAUCACCAACAUCGCCACACACUUGCAGAAGCCACAAGUUAAUCCGGACCAUCCCAGCUUGAGGGGAACCCCGCUGGCCAUGUUGGCCGCCCAGUGCAACAAGCUCUCGAACAAAUCCCCGCCCCCUUUGGCCGAUGCCGCCGUGGGCAAGGGCUUCCAUCCGUGGAAGAAGAGUCCCAAUUCCCCGGCAGCGGGAUCUAGUGGAGGUGGUGGAGGUGGAGGAGGUGGUGGUGGCCAGCACUCACCGUGCGCCAUCUCGGCGGCCAGCUCAUCCAGCUCCAGCGGCUCCAGCGGUGGCCACUCCUCCAGCAGAAGCCUUUCUGCCAGCGCCAGCACCAUGGUGAACAUCACGGCUAGUCGCCCCCUGGCCUCCUCCUGCGCGGCGGUGGGCGGCGGUGGCUCCGCCUCCGGAUCCUCUGGCGGCUCCAGCGGCUCGUCGGCAUCCUCCUCCUCCUCGUCGGCGGCGACGGCGGCGGCGACGGCGGCAGCGGCGGCGGCCGCCUACGGCAGCGAUCUGUACUUCCCCAAUGCGGCCACGGCCUCGAACAUGGACAACCACCACAUGCACCAGGGCCUCCUGGGCAAAGUGGAGGCGGCCGGAGCGGCGGCCUUCGGUGGCGUCUAUUCGCGCCACCCCUACGACUGGCCCUUCAAUGCGGUCGGCCACAAGGAGGCCAGCGUGAACUCGGGCUGGUGGGACAUGCACAGUGCGGCCGGCUCCUGGCUGGACAUGGGCGGUGCCGCCGGCAUGCACUCCACCAUGGCCAACUAUGCCAGCGAGAACUACAGCUCCGCCCUGAGUCACUCGCUCUUGAAUUCGGGCCAGCAUUUGCUGCAGGACACCUACAAGAGUAUGUUGCCGGGUCAGGGUGUGGGUGUGGGUGUGGGUGUGGGCGUGGGCAUGGGUGGCUUCUCCCUGCCGCACAGCUCCCCGUCGGCGGCGGCGGCUGCAGCGGCGGCCACGGCAGCGGCGGCGGCCGUCAGUGUGGGCUCACCCCAGGGUGGUGGCUCCAAUUCCACGCCCUCACCGCGCUCCCAGCGGCGCUAUGCCGGGCGGGCCACCUGCGAUUGCCCCAACUGCCAGGAGGCAGAGCGCCUGGGUCCAGCCGGCGUCCAUCUGCGGAAGAAGAACAUCCACUCGUGUCACAUACCCGGCUGCGGCAAGGUGUACGGGAAGACGUCGCACCUGAAGGCUCACCUGCGCUGGCACACCGGCGAACGUCCCUUCGUGUGCAAUUGGCUGUUCUGCGGCAAGCGUUUCACACGCUCCGACGAGCUGCAGCGCCACUUGAGGACGCACACCGGCGAGAAGCGCUUCGCUUGCCCCGUGUGCAACAAGCGCUUCAUGCGCAGCGACCAUCUGGCCAAGCACGUCAAGACGCACAAUGGCACGGCCCAGGGGGGUUCGGGCGGUACCGGCAGCGGUGGCGGUAGCGGUUCCGCUUCCGGUUCCGCUAUCGGUAUCGGCGCCAAUGGUCUGAAAAAGGGCUCCUCGGAGUCGUGUAGCGACUCGGAGGAGGCCGCCAACCAGUCGGGCGAGUCCAACGGGCUGGGCGGCGUGGGCAGUGGCCCACAGACGGGCGUGGUGGGCGGCGGCGGGGGUGGCGCUGGCAGUGGUUCUGUGUCCGGAUCCGGUUCCGGUUCCGGUUCGGUAUCGAGCAUUGCCACUAGAAGCGGUGGCUCACCCAUCAAUUGUAGUGGCAAUUCGAGCACCAGCACCAGCAACAGUACCAAUUCCGGCAAUUCCGGCGGUAAUUCACAAGCCGGCAGCCAUCCCGGCACCCCCACUUCGUUGCAUGCGCACAGCGCCAAUGGCACGUCCAGCAGCCUGCUGGGCGGCGGUCUGCACCUGGCCACGCCGCACCAGAUGGUCGCCGCGGGCGGUUCGCCGGUGAUGUUGCAGCAUCAGCAGCAUCUACAGCAGCAGCAGCAGCAGCAGCAGCAGCAGCAACAUCAUCAUCAGCAGCAGCAGCAACACCAACAACACCAGCAACACCAACACCAACAGCAGCAGCAGCAACACCAGCAGCAGCAGCAGCAGCAACACCAGCAACAUCUGCAGCAGCAACACCAACAGCAGCAGCAACAUCUCCAGCAAUUUGCACAGCAGCAACAGCAGCAGCAGCAGCAGCAACAUCACCACCUGCACCACCAUCAUGCGCACCACCUGACCAGCAGUGGCUCACCAGGUCUGGAUGCCAGCCACCUAGUAGACAUCAAGCCACCCAUGGUUUGAGGUUCGCUGGGACCCUUCCUGUUUACCAACUAAAAAAAAAUAGGGGCAAACAAGGAAUUGGGUUCCACUAAACCUAUAGCAACAAGCAACAAUUUCUUUGACAAAAAAAACGCUGGCCUUUGUACAUAUAGCCAGCAGUAAACAACGUAACUGUACAUAUACACUUAAAAAAAAAACAAAUGAGAAGAACAAAAUAUGUGUCUAUUGCGCUAAACUAAACAAACAUACAUAUUAACCUAUUGCUUGUAGCCUAUUAUAGCCUAAGCCAUUUCUAGAAUAUCUAGUUGUUCUUUUUCGAAACACAAACACAAACAGAAAAAAGGAAAACAUUUUUUUUAAUAUUUUUUUUUUUUGAACUAGACCUAUGUAUAUGUAAUUUUUUUUUUAUAGACAUACUAAGCCUAUGAAAUAUUAACCAAGAGACAAGCUUCGAGCACCCAACAAAACAAAAAAAAAAUUAUGCAAUUCUAAACGAAGAUAUAAAAUAUAUAUAAAUAUUGAAAGCGGAGGAAAACAUCAACAUAAAUAUAUUUCUAGUCCAAUUAUGAAGUGUGAGCGAACCAAAAUUGUAAAAAAAAAAACAAAAAUACAAGAAGAAGAAGAAAAUUAGCAUAUUUCCCCUCAAUUAUUUUUGCUAAACCCAAAACGGAAGGAAAAAAAGAUCGACGAUCGACGAUCAAACAAACACAUACACACACACACACACACAAUCGAGGAUAUCUUAGACGCUAGUGCUUUAAUCGAACCCAACUAAAAACCCAAGCUAAACCUAAACUAAAUGUGUUUUUGUUGUUUUAUUUGAACUAGGCUUAGAGCAGAUAUUUAGAUACUUAGCACACACACAAACACAAA